AUGCAACCUGACUGGUAUUCGCGCUACGGUAAUAAUACCAGUGCCGACAAGUAUAGCCCAAGCUACUAUUCUUCGAGCUAUUCUUUAACACCUCGUUUUGGAAGAACGGGAUUGUCAAAUAUCGGAAACACCUGCUACAUGAACACAGCACUUCAGUGCUUAUCUCAUUGCCUGCAAAUUACUCAGUUACUAUUGAGCGGUGAAUACAAGAAAUUCAUCAACAAGGACAAUACCAGUGGUAGUGGUGGACGUGUUAUGAAUGUUUACGUGGAUUUAUUGAAAAGGCUCUGGAUGGGGACCAGCCCGUACACCUCUCCUGCAGACUUGAAGUCCGUUGUUGAAAUAUAUGCUUCACAAUUUCAAGGAUACGACCAGCACGACAGCCAAGAAUUCUUUAUCAUGUUCCUCGAUUUGCUCCACGAAGAUAUGAACAAGAUCACAAAGAAGCCAUACAUCGAGUACCCGGUGUACACUUCGUUCAGUCCGGAGCAAUCCAGUGAGAUGUGGAGUUUCCACCUCCAACGGAACCAGAGUCCCAUAAUCGACUGGUUCUACGGCCAGACCGUGACAUUCGUGCGCUGUACAGAGUGUGGUGAGCAACGUGUUCGUUAUGAGCCGUUCAGCUUCCUCACGCUUCCUCUCCCCCCGGAAAUGACCACCGUGUACAUCAACCUGAUGCCGGGGACGCUCUCCGGGUUCUCUUCGUCGCAUCCAAUACCCGAUCACGUCUUCACCACCUGCAAAAAGAGCGAAAAAUGCUCGUUUCUCAUCAACGAAGUGGCCAAGGCCUGCGACGUUCUGCCGAGCCAAGUCGUGCUCGUGACCUACCGUUCGGAUACGUUUACAGUGCUCGAAGAAUCGGAGAGCAUUAGUCCGAAUUUGUCGUACGGCGUUCGCUUUCUCGCCUAUCUCGUUAUGCCAUAA